AUGCAAUCACGUUAUAAGAUACAACCACUUCCUACUUUUAUUAUCGAAGUAACUCUUGAUGAACUUUUUAGUGAUAGUAUUACAAAAACAAUAGAGUAUAAUUCAUGUCAUGUAGAUAUAAAUAUUUCAAACCCAAAAAAUUAUCUUGAAGGGUUUUCUAUUUGUUUUGCUUCAAAUGUUCUUUUCAUUAUUAUGGAAUUAAAAGACAAUAUUUUUAAGUUAAAAGGAAAUGAACUCCAUGGGUCUUGUACCUCAGAUCAAUCAAUAAUAAUUAAUGGCAAAAAAAUUGAAUUUGACUUUGAUAAAAAAACUGGUAUAUGUCAUAAAGUAUUUGAUAAUAUUACAAUGUCCCUUCAUCUAAAAGAUACUCCUAAGAGUAUAAAUGAAGAAGAAAAAGAAGCACCGAAAAAAGAAAUGUCAACAUUAAAUUCAUUAAAGAAAUUUCACAAAUUACUUUGUCAAAAAGAAUAUUAUUUAAACGAAUUAGAACACGCUUUAUAUAACUAA